UGCGUGUUGAACGUACGUCCGCGAUUAAACGCCCGGUAGACGGAAAGUCGCGCGUAAAAUCCGUGUCCCCAAGACAUGUUUUACCCCCCUUCGUGAUAUAUAUAUUUUUGAACGACAUUAAGUCGGUUUUAAUUGUUUCCUUUUUGUAUGGAAAAAGUGCCGAAAAUGCUACUGGUGGUCGGUUAGUGUUCAGUGAUGCAAAUAGUGUCUGAAAAUCAACCGGGAUCGUAUCCGCCGACAUGCCGUUCGUCCAGCGGAUCGUAGAACCGAAAUUCGUGUCCAGGCUCGCACUUUUCAACGACGAUGGUACGCCCAAGGUCGCGGACGAAGAAUUACAGGCGGUCACGAAUAGUACUUUGUGUAACGCCCUCAGGCAGUUGGCCUCUUUGGCUCUCGUCGCCGACGAUAUUUUCAAAGAGCUGGGUGGUCAGCUGAAGAUCAUUUAUCAGCGGUCCGAGAAUGUGAGGACCAAGAUCGCGACGGUCGAAGGGAAAGUCAACAAAUACGAUCCCAAGAAGGUUCCAGUUCCCGAAGGCGACAUCUGUUCCUUUGCCCAGACCAAGGAGCACUAUGCCGCCAAACACCCGAUGGACACCAACCUCUUUGGCGUCGCCAGCCGCACCGACGCCCUCAAGGCUUUGUACGAGGCGGCGUCCAAGACGCCCGUUCACGUGAUGCGUCAGUUGGACCGCUGGAGAAGAGACGGCCACAGAUCGUCCAAGUUCUUCGUUUGCACUCCCGUGUUAGGAGCCAAAAGGAGGAAGAUUAAAAGCAGGGUGGACAUCGAAAUCGAAACCAGGAUGCCGGACACGAUGAACGAUCUAAGACGCUGGACUUCGGACGAAGCCUUCGGUGACGUCACCGUGGGACCCAGCUGCGUGAGUCGUAUCACCAACGGCGCACUGAGCGACGGUGAAGCUACCGACGGCACCAUCGUCUCGGACGACGAAGGGGUCGACCACAAACUGCCUUCUCCGGAGGAACAGCUCCAAGUAGUCGCGCUCAGAUUCCCGGCGGAAAUAGUCGCGGUCGAUGUUUCCGGUCGCAGUUUCGACCGGAUGUCACUUCAACGCCGCUCGCUCAUGAACGGCGAAAUCGGCAAUCGGACGACAGAUGGCGACACGGUCAAACGAAAAGGGAGAACGCGCAAACCGCGAAGCAGGCGGCGAAACACUUUGGCGGGAACGGAUCAGAAAGAGAUACAAGACGCGCUGACGGCGGGGACCGAUCCAUCUUCGCCGACCACCUCGAAUCACCGAGAGACCGCCGGCAAAACGGCCACCGUGCCCAGAAGCAAGAGUAGCGACGUGCUGCGAUCGUGCAAACGCGAAUCUAUCGAAGUGAAAAAGUCACAUUUCAACACGCUAAAGCAAUGGGGCAAAACCCAAUACGACAAAUUAAUGAACAAAAGUUCGGAGAGGAGCGACGCAACGAACGCCGCGUCCAAAACCAACUCGGAGGACGGCGUGGACGAUUUCAAUUUGUACGAAACGAUCGCAUCGAGACGAAAGAGGAACUUGGAGAAGGAGCGCAAGACACACGAGAGGAACUCGUCGAUAUCUUCGUCAGAAAAAUCGCUGCCCGCCAACGGCAACACGUUAACGGCGAUGAUGAACAUCGCCGUGAAGUUGCGCGACAGCUCGCUGCAACGGCGACAGAGGAGGACCGGCACGAACAAGGAGGAAAUCCACUCGUCUUCGGGUAACUGGAGCGCGAGCUCGGAGAGUGGCAGGACGUCGAUCGGCUCGGAGAUUACGUCGACCACGACGCAACCCAAGUCUACGACGUCGGCCGCUACGUCCAACAACUCGCUGAACGUGCCCCAAGGGCAGCCGGGUUCGGUCAACUCCCGCAGGAGGUUCAAUUUCAACGCGUCCACGUCGGGAAGCGUGACGAGCGAGGGCACGCUGACGCCAGACAUAAUCCACGACCUCCACGAGGACGGCGACUCGGUGUACUCCUGCGACACCGAAGGCUAUUACACCUCUUUCCACAUGGACAGCGGUUUGAAAACGUUAAAGGAGGAGGAGCUGCCGUCCAGUCCCGUUCAGAGCACGUCGGCGAUCUCGAAUAAUACCGCGGAGAACGAAUACGAACUAUUCGGCAAGGGAAGUACGUCGACGACGACGAGUUCCGCCGGUACCGUUUGCACCACGUUAAGGGCGUCGGAGAGUAACAAGAGUCUGGUGAUCGGACCGGCGGUGCCCGAGCGAAAGAGCUCGCUAUCGAAGCUAUCGAAAUCGUCGUCGGAGAAGGAUUUCGGCACCAUCAAGCGCAGUCCCAAUACCACGACCGCCGCGAAAAAGUCUACGGACGGGGACGUGUCGCCGGACAGCGGCCACAACACGUCCAGUUCGCCGAUCGAGAGCGUCAGCAGUCCGAACGGUUUGAGGAGCGGCUCGGAUUUCGAAUUUUCCGAAUCGUCCGACAUGGAGGGCGCCGAACGUAUCGAACGCAUCAGGAUCAAGACGACCAUCAACUCCAGCAGGAUACCGUCGAUGUGCGUGAUAACGCCGUCGCACAGCGACGACGAAUCGAGUAGCAACUCCUCCUACAAGAAGCAGACCAUCAUAAACAACUUGAAGAACAGCUUGGAGAAGGUGGAUCCCGAUAAAUUCGACACGCGGAUCAUCAGUACCAACGUGAACGGCACCAACAGACUGGCGUUGGUCAGCGUUGACGUGAAAUCCGGAUACGCGACGGUAGAGAACAUCGACCGGCCGGACGCGCAAACCGCCACGGUGAAGGCAACUAUACGGGCGCCUUCGCCGAGCGGCGGCACCGUCACCGUCAAGGAGGAGUGCGCGAAGACCGUCACCCAACCGGUCAUAAAGUCAAGCCUUAUGCCGCUGAACAACAUGUUCGGCAAACUGAGGACCAACUUGGCGAGCCUGGCGGGCAAAAGAGACAGGAGCAAGUCGCCCAAGGCUGUCGCCGUCGACGAGGGCGAGUACGUCACCAUCGCGGACGUGCGCAAUAACAACAAAGAGGUGACGUACUCGAAUGACUCGAUCAACAGGAACCUGAACACGGUGCUGAGCGGAAAAAUGCGCGACGCCGAGUACGUGUCGCUCGACGAACUGCCCGUCAACGAGAACAACAACGUCACCUGUGGCGGAGGGGCGGAUUCGUUGGAACGCAAGCAGCGGCAGGGCGCCAGAGUGACCUUGGACGCGGAAGGCAAGGUAGUCUACAGUUCGGACAGCUUGAGGAGGCGUAAGGGCUGCCACACGACGUUCGAGCCGGGCCCGUUUAUCAAGUCCGGACAGAGUCCGGUUUCAAGUCCGUCGAUGCCGCCCAGGGCCACCGCCAACGUUCGUCCGGUAUCGAAGGUGGAGCAAUCGGGCAAGGUGGUGAUAAGGGCGUCCGGAGGAAAUCAAACGGAGAUCGUGCGUACUCCGACGGCCGUCGUCGGUCCGGGCAGUCCGAAAGGGCGGGCGUUGAGCCCGAAGGGAGCAUACGUGCACGUCCAAGCGGCGGGAGCGGUCGCGGCGUCGCCGAAAGAAGCGAGAGAAGGCGCGUCGCACCAGGACCGACCCCAUCAUCAUCCUCCAAACACGUCGCUUGGAACAUACCUACCAAACCGCACUCCAGACAUGUACAGAUACGCUGAAGACCAAUGCCAGUACCCCACGGCUCACCAGUACUACCAAGGUCGCGCCCUCUACUCGACAUUGCCCGGGAAACGGUCUCAGUUCUUCGGUUACGAAAUUCCCCCAGAGCGAUCAGUCACUCCCGACAUCACCCGAGGACUGGACAAGGAUACGCGACCCCUCACGAGGCAAAUGGUAUUCCGAAGUGACCAAAAUUUGAUCAGUUUGGGCGAGAAAGUGGGAAUACCCCAUCCGCAGGAGUUUUACAGUCCCAAGCUCGGUUAUCGUGACCUGGAAUCGCAGGGGGAGGAGGACUCUUUCAAGAUCUCGCCGAUAGAUCCAGUAAGAAGCACAGGCGGGUUGAAAUCGUCCACCCCUUCGCAGCUUAAAGCGGCGACUAAAUUGAAUUUGGACCACAAAGUAAUGUCGCCAAAGAAGAGUACCAUGUCCAAUGAGGAGCUCUACGCGGUCAUCCACAAAACUAAGAAGAAGCUCAACAUCGACGACCAACCGCAUAGAGCGUCUCCGGUAACCGUAGGUGAAAGCACCGCCCCUAAAAAGCCAGCGGUAGAGACCGGCUAUAUAGGAAGCAGACUCAGUUGGUCGCCCAGCAGGGGUGAAUACAUAGACCUCAACCCCGAUACGGACAAAAUUUCGCCGCCCAACGAAUCGGGAAGUCGUCAAAGCUGCAAAGAUCGCAAAAGCCCCAAGAAAACGUCCACGUUGGAUUUCAAAAGGUUGCUGCUAUCGAAAACUAGUUCCUUGUCAGCCAACAAAAAAGUAUCCGCGGUGGAGCAAUUGAAACUAUCCAAACAGAAAAUGGAGCAGAAACCACAGCCCACUUCCCCUGGCAACGUUAAAGACAUGACAAUAUUAGACCUGAGCUCUUCUCCGAGGAGCUUGCUCAACAGAAGACUGUUAAAUAACCCUCCAGGUUCGCCCGACAAGGCGUCCAUUAAACCGACCGCGAAAAUCCUGUCUCCACGGUCGCAUUGGCGAUUCGCCAAUCCGAGAAGCGACGUAUUGUCUUCCACCAUCAUGGAGGACUGUCGGGAAGACGAAAGCAGCGGCAAUUCGUCAACGUCCAUGGAGAAAAAGAAGGGAAACGCGACCCGAAUUAGUCAAGCCGAAGAAAGUACAAAUAGUCCACUGUCCAUUAGUCAAAGGCUGUCCGCGCAGCGGGCCGAGUUUUUCGGCAACACUGCGAGCGACGGAAAUGUCAAGAAGGUGCCACCAACGUUGGAAACUGCGUUUUAACGCGCUGUUUUUUUAUAGUAUGCAUGACACAGAAUAGACAAACAACCAGAAGGAUAACGCUCAGUUUCCCAGCGACACUUUGCUUAACCUAAAAAUAAAAAAAUAACCUACAGAAAACUCUUUGUCAAGACGGAAAAUGAUGCAAAAUGCACUCGAUCAAAAUAAAUGUCAAUACAUUGAAAUUUGCCAUAAUUGAAAACAAUUUUUUAAUACGCCUCUGCGUUCUACCUGUAUUAAAUGGGAUGACGAUUUGUGAAACUUCAGGGAAUUUCGGGAGAGUCAGCCUUCUGUUUAUUCUGUGUUCACAGCAUACGAAGUUUUACAUAUAUAUCUACGCCAAAAUAUAUUUAUUUAUUUUUGUAUGAAACUAUUACGAAUUUACGAAUGUAUUUUUCAUAUUAAGUUCUAGUCUUGCAAAUAUUUUGAUACCGAGUUCAAUUUAGUUUGGUUUUAUAUAGCAUUUUACGACUUCACUUCUUUCUGUAAAGGUAGACCUGGAUCGUGGUCAAACAUUCACAUUCCUGUUGUCUGUGGAACUUAGAAAUGCGCAAGUUGGCCACGAUGUACCCUGUCCACCUAAAGAUUUUAUGCAUCAUCACAAUAUCUGAUACUUUAUGUUCGAGUGGGCAUAUGUAACUUUUUUGUUCUUUUUAAAGAUUAUAAGUAUUCUAAAAUAAGUUAUUUAUAUUUAAAAGUAAUAUAUUUCGAUUUUUUGUAAAUAAACUGAAAAUAAAAAGGUUAAAGUGGUUUGUCGUACAAUGUGAUUAAAAAUUUACAUUGAUUACAUUCCUA